CGUUAUUAUUACGAAAAUACCCUUACGUCCCAGCUUUUUUUUAACAGCUAAAACGUUGUCGUGUUGACUCAGUUGUUUUAUCAGAGGUUCGAUUCGAAUUGGUCGUGAUGGAGCCACCGGAGUGUCCGGUGUGUCUACAAUCAUACGACGGCGAAUCCACACUUCCGCGCGUGCUCUCCUGCGGCCACACGGCGUGCGAAGAAUGUCUGACGAACAUCCCCAAGAAGUUUCCGGACACAAUCCGAUGUCCAGCGUGCACCGUUCUCGUCAAGUUCCCACCUCAGGGCCCAUCGGCUCUCCCCAAAAACAUCGAUCUCCUCAGAUUGUUCCCUUCGAGCUCAAACCCUACGCCUGACUCCACCCGGAACUCGAAAAACUCCUCCUUUGAAUUCGUCACUCGAUCAUGGCCCGACGAGUUCCACGCCGCUUGGAAAGAUCGGGUUUUGCUUCUCGACGUCUCCGUGGAGAGAGAAGGUAGUACUGAAUCUGCUUCGUCUUCGCGUUUGUGUGGAUGUCUGAACAAGGGUGAUGGUGAUGGUGAUGGUGAUUCAAAGGUUAGUCUUUUACGGGUUGGUUCGUUCCAGCGUCGUGAUGAUGGGUGUGAUUCUGUUUUCGAGUUUAGUUAUCUCCUGAGGAUGAUUAGUUGUCUGUGGGGGAUGGAAGAGGGGGAAAGAGACGAGCUUGAUGUGAUAAUGCGUGUUGAAGAGAGAGGUGUCUCUAAAGUUUUUGGCUUGUGGGGUGAUUUGAAGAGUGGGGUUUUGUAUUUAGUUGGUCAGAAGCUUACUGAUUUCUCCUUGGAGGAGUUUGAGGAUAUCAGUGAAGAUGAUGCGUCGUGUUUAGCAGUGAUUGGUAUGCAGUUAUGUGAGGCACUUCUCAGUUUGCAUAAGGAUGGGAUAUUUGUAGGGUGUUUGAGCGUUUCUUGUGUGAAGUUUGACGAGUUUGGGAAUGCUUUUGUUGAUUUGAUUGAGUUGCUGGAAACUGGAAGGAACGUGUAUGGACUUAUAUCUGAAGAAACUAGCUCUUGCAGCAAACCAGUUGGUGCUUUGGAAAUGGGAUUGGUUUUGAAGAGAUUAGUGGAGAAUGGUAUUUUCGUUAGCUUCGAGGUGUUGUUUGAAUUGUUGAAAAAACAGAACUUGCUGAUAACACAGGCCAGCUCAGAAUGUAUGGUUGCAUGUAGCUCCGAUGUCUUGCCAGUUUGUGUUCUUCUCCUCAUGCUUCUUGGUGGGAAACAAUUUUCUGAGGAGCUGAUUGAAAGUGUAAGUGGUGUGGAUGCAAAAGAAUGCGAAGAGAAAAGUGAGGAUCUCUUGGUGUUGUACACAGGUCUUAUGGAGAAACUAAGUUAUAUUCUGGAAUCUAAACUUAGUGGGAAGUUUAAAUCCAUGGUUGGAAUUCUCCGCCAAUGUUGCUGUCUUGAUCCCCAGACACGUCCAGUUUUAACUGAUCUGUGGAAAUGCAACAGGGAGCUGAUCAUGAAUCAUAGAUUAAGUUCUAUGUUUGCAUUGGAAAAGAAGAAACCAAGGAAAAGGAAAGAGUUUUGUUUGGUUCUAGGUGAAUUAUGCCGCCUGGUAGUAGUGGGAUCCAAAGAACUAGAAGAAGACUUACCUGGAAUGGAAAGUGGCGAUGGAGCAGAGGAGGGCAAGCUUGACAAAGAUUUUGUUGGGAGACUCUCAGAAGGUAAAAUAAAAUCUAAGGACCUGCGAGGACACCAAGACAGUGUCACAGGUUUAGCCGUCGGAGGUGGGUUUCUGUUCAGCUCUUCGCUUGAUAAAAAUAUCCAUGUAUGGUCUCUUAAGGAUUUCUCCCAUGUGCAUACAUUUAAAGGUCACCAGGAUAAAGUAACGGCUUUGAUAUACAUCAAGGGAGUAGAAACAGUAUGUGUCAGUGGCGAUGGUGGAGGAGGUAUAUUUGUAUGGAGCACAAGUUUCCCUCUGGAAGAACAGCCGCUAAGAAAGUGGUACGAGCCAAAAGACUGGCGAUAUUCUGGCAUUCAUGCGUUGGCAUAUUCAGAAGAUGGGUAUGUGUACAGUGGCAGUGGAGAUAACACUAUCAAAGCUUGGUCACUGCAAGAUGGAAAGCUUGUUUGCACAAUGACUGGUCACAAAUCUGUAGUAUCAACGCUUGUUGUGCUAAAUGGAGUACUGUACAGUGGAAGUUGGGAUGGAACCGUGCGGCUGUGGAGUCUAAGUGACCACAGUUUUUUGACGGUGUUGGGGGAAGAGACUCAAGGUAUUGUAAAGUCUAUUCUGUCUCUUGCUGCAGAUGAAGGCACCUUAGUGGCAGCUUAUCAAAACGGAGAUAUACAGAUAUGGAGGGAUGACACAUCGAUGAAGUCUAUGCAAAUACAAAGUAGUGCAAUUCUCAGCGUUGCCCUGAAUGGUAAAUGGUUGUUCACUGGAGGUUGGGACAGAACUGUCAAUAUUCAGGAAUUAUCUGGGGAUGAGAUAUCUUUAGAGUGUACUCACGUGGGAUCGAUCCCGGGUUCUUCAGUAGUCACAUCUUUGUUAUAUUGGGAAGGCAAGCUCUUUGCAGGGUUUGCGGAUAAAAUCAUCAAGGUAUAUUAUAGUGGGCGUUAACAAAAACUUCAGUUUCUCAUCUUGUUCCUGAAGAUUCCAAUCUCGAGAGAAGAUGAUGUGUAAUAUCUAAAUAACAAUCACGUGUGUACAUAUGAAUCUUUUGUCACAUUUGUUGAUAUGCAAUACAUGUAAUUCAAAGUUUUCUUAUUUCUCUUAGAACUGAUAUCAAAUGAUCAAUACAAGAUAACCCCUUGUGAA